CACCGGCCGGCGGGCGACCUCCACCGUGGGCUUCCGUUCCAGAUUCGGACAUCAUGCGCACGGCGACGGAGAGAGGAGAAGGUAUUUGGUGAGAUGCCUUAUUUCACUGCUUCUCUUUUGCACCAUUCCGAUGGUUUUUCAUCUGCCUCUCCGUAGUAAUUAUGAGAUGUGGAAUUAAUUAUUAUAAGAGCAAGAGUUGGAUGUGAAUAAAAAGGAAGGGAGCGGAGAGAUUCAGAUUCAUAUUAUAAACUCGGACGGUCCCAUUGUAUUUUUUACCACUCGCGAAUAUCCGAAAUUGCGUCGAACCCUUCCUUAUUCACCUCCUCGGACCUCUGCGACGAUGGAGGCGUCCGAGCAGAGAUCGGCACCCGGAGUUCUUGUGGUUGGAUCCUCCGGCGUCGGCAAGCGUACCCUCCUCUCUCGACUUCUCUCGGUGGACUUGGAUGAUUCCUUGGACGCAUCUGAGAUUGCAGUUCAAGGGUGGAGCAUCAACACCAAGUAUUACACUGCUGAUGUCUCCGUGUGGACUGCGCAUCUUGGCCAUGAUUUCUCUCUACCCUCCUCCACCCCUCUGGUUGCGUUGGUUAUGGUCUUCGACUUGAGUGAGCCCUCCACUCUUGCUGCUCUUCAAGACUGGGUUUCCCGUACUGACAUUAAGACAUUUGAUAUCUUGCUCUGCAUUGGGAACAAAGUUGAUCGUCUCCCUCACCACCCGGCUCAUCUCGAGUACAGAAGACGCCUUUUGAAGGCCAAUCUCGACGAUCAAUUUGGCAUCUCUGACACUGAAGGAACUGGUUUGUUGGGAGGCGAGGACCCCUCCCUAGACGUCAGGGCAACUUGCCUAGAUUGGUGCCGUGACAACAAUAUCGAGUUCAUCGAAGCUUGUGCAUCUAAUCACGAUUUUGACAAAUGUCUGUCGGUUGAUGGAGAUUCUCAAGGGGUUGAACGUUUAUUCGGUGCCCUUUCAGCGCAUAUGUGGCCUGGAAUGCUUCUCAAAUCGGGUGAUAAGAUAAAUGAACCUGUUUUACCCGACGGUGAAGGAGAAGUAUCAGAAGAAGAAUCAGAAUACGAGCUGGAGUAUGAAGUGCUAUCGGUAGGAUCAGCUGAGCCAUGGGAGGAUGUUUGUGAGAGAUGGGUCUCUGCUAGUGAAACUCCUUCAACUUCAGAAGUUAUUCUUGUAGAUGACAACGGCGAGAAGCUGAAGGAAUCUAGCGAGAAGGAGCAAGGCCCAUCAGCUUCAAGGAUGCAACCACAGAAUGAUAUUGACAAUGAAGAAGGAAGAGUUGAGAAAGCAGAGAUGGAAAAGUUGUACGAGUUUGAAGACCUGGAGCAGCUGAUGUCAGAAAUAGGGAACAUACGUGACAACUUGAGGUUGAUGCCUGAUUUCCAGAGGAGGGAAAUGGCGGCUAAUCUGGCCAUGAAAAUGGCUGCCAUGUUUGGAGGCGACAGCGACAAUGAGGAUGGGCAUGACUGAAGCCUCAUAAGACUAUGGGUUGCAAGAACUUCAUUUAUCAUUCGCGAUUCCUGUUACGAAGCCUUUUGCCAUGCGCUGGGUUUCUUUUAGCACGGUUACUCGUACUUUGGUUUUGCUGUCACCACACGCAAUUCAGUGUCACAGAACAAAAUACUCAAUCAUAUUAGUUUGGUGUUA